UUAACAGCUAGCAAGAAUAAGUAAUGUCCAUGUCAAUGGAUGUUAGUGGAAUGACAUAGAUCUUCGUGGCAGAUCCUUACCCUCUAAGAUUGCUCCUACUGGACUAUCUCUUCUCUCUCUCCAAUCCACAUAACAAACACAUCUUUUCUGUGUUUCUUAAACCAAACAAAGAGAAACUUCUGCUGCUGAAUAUUGAAGUUGAGUUCAAAAGAAGCAAGAAAAUGAAACCAAAGACAGGUUUAGAACUCAUGUUGAUGAAGUACUCUAGUGAAUGUCAUGAGACCAAUUUGAGAAAUGAGUCAAGUGCAGGUGCAAAUGCAGAUUCUAAGGCAAACACAAGAGUUUCUGCCAUGGAUCCUCUAUCUGAAAUUGUUUGGUCUCCAGAUAAAGGUUUCAGUCUUAAAUGUGUUGAUUCGAGUUUUAAGAGCAAAAAUACAUCGUUUUUACGCGGUGUUGAACCUAGUAGUAUGGUUCUUGCUCUCUUACAAAGUGUUACUUGUGGAAAUUCUAUCAAUGAUAAACCUACCGAUGAUGUUUUUGUUCAACCUCUUGCUGGAAUAUGCGCCGAGAGUGAUGUUUCUUCGACGAAUAUUCCUAUACGGCCUCCGGCAAGUGAUUCAGUUGUCAUCAUUCCAGAAUGUAAACCAUAUGAACAUCAUGAUACAGAUCAUAUCGACGGAAGGCCUCAAGAAAACGAAUCUAAACCUAGCUUGGAACAAAAUCCUUCGGCAAGGAAACAUUGCACAGAAGGCGGCAUGUACACUUGUGUCGACAACAAGGUGGUUGAAUUAGAGGAUGGCUCAUAUACUAGAGUCGAACACGUGAUCGAAGAAAAACGUUCAGGUGCUCUAGGAAGAUAUAUAAUAUCAUCUUACAACGGCGAAGCAGCUACUUCUGCUGCAUCAAGCAGAGUUCUUGUUUCAAAAUCCGUCCGGAAUAAAAACAAAUCCAAGAUCAAUGAAAUGAUGCUUCCAUACAAUAAGAAUGGCAUUCAUUUAACUUGCGAAAACUAUCAUAGUAAGGAGUUGUUUUUGGCAAGUAGGAAGAGAUGUAAACAAGAAGUGAUAAUUGAGAGUAAAAAAGUCAAAAUGCAAAUUCAAGAAACUUCACCAUAUUCUAAAUCUCAUGUUGAAAGGGAUAGCUCAUUCAUGAACUUGAUUUCAAACAUGAUGAAAGGAUACUCACAGCAAUCUAGUCAGGAUGACGUGAAAUCUUCGGCUCUUGCUCAGAUUAGGCCUAUAAAUUUUGUCAACAGUCACGGACACCGGAAAGAUAACACACCGAAUAACUCCAAGGUUGAAGAGACUAAAGAACAAUUUGGUGAUAACCAAUUGCUCAUAGAGACUAAAAAAUUGCCUAACUGUUGCAUCAACAAAGAGUCGUCUUCCAUUGGUCUAAAGGACGAGAAGGGAAAUAGUGAUCACAUAUCAAAGCAUAAUGCCGAUCAUGUUACGCCUUUUUCAAGAUUGAGAGAUUCAGAGCCAAUGGUUUCCAUGUUUGCCAAAAGGUUAGGUGCCAUCAAACAAUGCCAACAAACAGAAUAAUUUACCACACACACGCAGGAAACAUUAUGGAACAUUCAACUCAAUUACCGUUGGUUCUGUUAAUCCAAUUCAAGAUCUGACAGAAAAAUUCAAAAAUGAAAGGUUUCUGAGCAAAUUAAAUAUCAGUAAACAAAACCAUGAGUUUAUUCUAUAUGUAAUAGACAAUUUUGUAUUUUUUUAUACAUUCUUCAAUUGUAUAUUUAAGAAAGACAGAGUGAUCUGGUUUAUCUAAAACUAUUGUAUAAUUUAACUAAUCAGACAAACUUCGUAGAAGGUGACCGUUUCAGGCCAUAUAAGUACUUUUUCAAUUUUCAUACUA